UGUUACCAUGGAAAUGCCGCUAGGAGAUGCUGCUGCAGGUCCUCAGGAGAAGUGCGAGAUUAUUCAGCACCUUGGACAGCAGCGGUGUGUCGGUCCUCCUUUCUGCCAGACUCGAUACUAUAUGCUUAUUGUGAUUGGAGACAUUUCAACAGAUCACCAGCUUGAUUCAGUGAAAGAACACAUUAAACAGGGGAUCCUGUCAUGGGACAUUGAUUUGACCGUUUGUGACUUGAACAAGGAACUGAAGCUCUUCGAAGCAAGACACUCUGCCCAGUUCUCAUCAGAGGUGAAAGGACAGAGACUUUUGCAAUACAAGAGUGAUGUUCUUGAGACUGUUGUGUUGGUGAAUCCUUCUGAGGAGAAUAUUGCUAUAGAGUUCAGAACCCUUCUCUGUGACUUAGCAGGACAUAAGUUAUUGGUCCUAAGUGGGCAAAGUACUGGACAGAGCGGUGACAUUAUCCUGCAAAGUGGAGUGUUUGGUUGGAAAAAUUUCUCUGACAUUCUCUCAAGUCGUAGGAUUAAAGAGCUCUUGAACCAGCCAUCUGCAGGUCAGCAAGCCUGUUUGACUGUGUCCUGUAAAGGAGAAGGGGGCUGGAGCUCCCUAGGGUACGUACAGGAGCAGAGUUUACUGAAGUACAGACUGAACCCAGAGCCUGUGCUGCCUGAGAUGGAAGGUGUGAGCGAGUUUACAGAAUAUGUCUCUGAGACAGUGGAUGUUCCCUCUCCUUUUGAGCUCCUGGAACCACCAACCUCUGGAGGGUUCCUCAAGUUGUCCAAGCCAUGCUGCUAUAUCUUUCCUGGAGGACGGGGUGACUCUGCUUUGUUUGCAGUCAAUGGUUUUAACAUUUUAAUCGAUGGUGGAUCAGACCGAAAAUCUUGCUUCUGGAAGCUGGUCAGACAUUUGGAUAGGAUUGAUUCUGUUCUCCUUACACACAUAGGAGCAGAUAACCUUUCUGGUAUAAAUGGACUAUUACAGAGAAAAAUUGCAGAGCAGGAGGAAGAGAAGAACCGUGCUUCAAAUACUUAUGGAGACUGGAUGAAAAACCUGAUCUCACCAGAGCUUGGUGUUGUGUUCUUUAAUGUUCCAGACAAGCUGAAGGCGCCUGAAUCCACGCUGAAAGCAAAGAGGAGCAUUGAGGAGGCCUCUCUCACAUUGCAGUACCUUCACAAACUGGGUAUCAAACCUGAGCCUCUAUACAGGGUUAUGAGCAACACAAUUGAGCCUUUAACACUCUUUCACAAGUUGGGUGUUGGCAAACUAGACAUGUAUAUCCUAAAUCCUCUCAAGGACAGUAAAGAAAUGCAAUUCUUCAUGCAGAAGUGGGCUGGUAACAGUAAAGCUAAGACUGGCAUUGUCCUGGCCAAUGGCAAAGAGGGUGAGAUUUCAGUUCCUUACCUCACAUCAGUGACAGCUCUGGUUGUGUGGGUACCUGCCAGUCCAACUGAAAAGAUUGUCAGAGUAUUGUUUCCUGGAAAUGCCCCACAAAACAAAAUAUUUGAGGGGCUGGAAAAGCUGAGGCAUCUCGAUUUCUUGCGAUAUCCAGUAGCCACUCAAAAAGACAUGUCAUCUGGGGCUCCACCUCCACUGAUUAAACAAACUAAAAUGAAGCUGAGAACUGACAGCAAAGAAAGUCUUAAAUCGUCCCCUAAAAUGUCUUCUGCUACAAAAGCAAGCAAGAAAGAGGCAAAUGAAGACAUUGAGUCAAAGAGUGACUCUGUAAAAGAGAACAAAGUUGAAAAGAAAGAUAAGAAAAUAAAAGAGACUGUUAAAACUCCCAAACCACUUAAGCCCAAGACGGCGUCACCCGACUCACUUAAGCAAGAGAAAAAGAAGCUGCAGAGAGAAAAAUCUCCUAAAAAACUUACCAAGGAGAAAACGUCUAAGAUGGAGGAGAAGAAAGAUCUGGAAAAGAAAGACACAAAGAAAGAAAAGGCAGAUAUAAAAAAAGAGGACGUUAAAAAAGAACUCAAAGGUAAAGAGGAGAAGAAAAAAGAAAAAGAAAAAACUAAGCCAGAGUUGAGAAAAAUCACAAAACCGGACUUAAAGCCCUUCACCCCUGAGGUCCGGAAGACUCUGAACAAAGCAAAGGUUCAAGUAAAGCCUAAAACAGAAAAAACUAAAGCUGCAAAGGAGCAAGAAAACAGGCCAGCUGCUAAGCAAGCUUCAAUUGAGAAACGGGAGAGUGAGAGGUCCUUAGUCUCCUCCCCAGAAGAUCUUACCAAGGAUUUUGAAGCCUUGCGACUGGAGGAGGAGCUUUCCAAGCAAACAGAGAGCAAAGUACUCCCAAAUUUUCCACCUGUGGCGGACAGUGUUGUCCCUGACAUUGAAUCUCCUGAUGAGGGAAUCACUACAACUGAUAUUGAGACAGAGUCCCCUCAUGAGGAAAGGGUACCGUAUGGAGUAAAUGAAAUUAAAUCACCCUCGAAAACCACUGAUAGAUUUGAGGAUGAAGGUGCUGCUACAGAAGAUGACAUAGAGGAUGACUAUACCACAAAACUGAAAAGUGCUAAAACAUCUGACUUUUUGGAGAUGGGUGAAAAUAAAGAAUGGCAAGAAAAAGCAAAAGAAGAAGCGAAAGAGUUUGAACUGAAACCCAGAAAGAGUGACAGUGAAGAAGAGGAGGAUGUGAUUGAGAAAGCAGAGCUAGAGGAGGCAGAGGAUUUAAUACAUGAGGAGGAGCUCAAGUACAAAUCUGACGAAGCUAAAAAAGAAAAACUUGGAAAGGACUGGGAGACCAAACAAAGUGAUAUUAAAUCUGCCAAACCUCUGGGUGCUGCAGAGCACAUUUCUUUCAUCCAAGAUGAGACCAUUCCAGGUUACUCUGAGACAGAGCAGACCAUUUCUGAUGAGGAGAUUAAUGAGGAAACAGAGGAGCGAAUCCCUCAUCUUCAGUAUGAUGUCGGCUCUUAUGACAUCUCAGUUCCUGAUGAACCAGGGACUUUUGACACCAUCCAUGGCAUGAAACCGCCAACCAUAUCUGUUGCUUCUGAGUUAUCAUCGAAGGGUUUUGCAGUAGACCAGGAGCCCGUCUUAUCAGCUUAUGCAACCAAUAUAAUUGCAGCUCCAUUGGCUGAAGAAGAGCAUAUAUCAUCAGCCACCUCCAUCACUGAAUAUGACAAAUUGUCAUCCUUUGCAACAUCUGUUACUGAAGAUCAGUCUAUAGCUUCUGUGACAGCACCACCUACUGAAGAUGCAGGAAAAAGCUCUUUACUCUUAGAUACUGUAAACAGCAUACCAUCAUCCAUACAGACCGAUGCCACUCAAGGAAAGGAGUACCUUCACUCUGCUGGAACUAUUUCUCCAACUUCUUCCUUAGAGGAAGAUAAGUGUUUUAAAUCACCUCCUUCAGAAGAAUAUCAACCCAUUGUGGCAGAAACAGAGACUACAGUGAAGGCUACUGUCCCUGCAAAUUAUGAGGAUGAAGAGGACGAGGAAGAGGAUGAGGAUCAGACACCGAAUGUUGAUAUACCACUUGGGAAGCUCCAUGAGGGUUAUGCAUCUGCUGCCUUGCUCGAAGACACAGAACAAGUUUCUGAUAAAUUUCCCUCAUCAACUGCACCUAUUUCUCCUCAGAUGAUGUAUGUUGGCGCACAAGAAAAAGAUGAAAAGGAAAUCUCACUCUCUAAGGAUGAAUCUAAAUUAGGCGCUUCUGAGAAAAGUUUGUCCUUCCCACCAAAUUUGCCUUGCGCCUCAGAGACAAGUAUUAUUUCAGAGAGUGAAGAAAGAUGUCUCAGCCCAGAUGACAGCACUGUGAGGUUUGCCUCACCUACACAAUCAGGACCGACCAGCAGUAGCUACUCUCCCACUGAGGAGAGGCCACAAAAGCCACUGAUUAUGGACAAAGAGGAAAAACUAGAUAAGGAGACUUUUGAUUCUCAGAGGUGUUUGGCCCAAGAGGCUCCUGCUGACAAAAAGUCUGUGAAAAUAAUUGAUGAUGAAGUGGAUCCUUUUGGAAAGGAAUUUUCCAGCACUAAAACUGCAUUGUAUGACUCAGAAGAAGAUGAAGAGGAAGAGAAAGAGAAAGAGGAAGAGGAAGAGAAAGAGGAUUUUUAUGAAAAAGAAAGCUAUAAAGUGUGUGGUAAAACUAAAUACAAAGAGGAGAGGGAGUGCACUUUCCUUGAUGAAGAAUACUCUGAAGAGACAUCACCCUUAAAAGAGGAGAAGCUGUUUGAGAAAGAGAAAGAAUCUGUGGACAAGGAAGAUAAACCACAAAAUGUGUCCUACUUGGGCCAUGAGUACAAAUCCCAGAUGCUCAGCUCAGGAGAGGAAGAUGAAAGUGAAACCGAGGAUGGUACUUACUCAAGCGUAAAAGUACCACAAGGCGAGUUAGAUUCCAUGUCAGCAAGCCAAGGCAAAAAAGAUGUGUCAUUCUCAGAUAUAGAUGACCCAAAAAUGAUUUCUAAAGACAGCGAUAAAAGUGUUCACUUCAACUUGUAUUCCUUCCCUGAGUGUGAGAAAGGCCUCAAAGGGGAAUUCGAGAGGGUGGUUAGGCAAGAUACACCCUAUGUUGGGAAAAGCUUUACAUAUUCUGAUGUGUAUGACAGUAAAUCAAGUUCAGUGGAUUCCUACUCUCCAAAUCUGCCAACAGAGCACACCUUUGAUGAUACUGAUGUUACUUCAAAGAAAACAGAAAAGGAGGAUUCUCUAGAAUCUUCCACUGGCAAGAUUUCUGACUUUAAACCAGCAUAUGAAAAGGAAACAUCAUCAGCUUCAUAUAGUGAAACACAAAGUAUGUACGGGACACCACCAAUAAAGGAUACACCUGAAGAAACAUUCUCUGAAAAAGUAAAGGAAGUUGAAGAAAAGACACCUGAGAAAAGCUCAUCUGUUUCAGCAGAGAGAGACCCAUUUUCAGUUAAAUUUGAAAAACCAGAUUUCAGUGGAAUGGCAGAGGGUGGUGCAUCACAAUCAGGCCAUUAUGCAACCGACAGCUUUAGCUCUGAUUACAGUGCUAAAAGUAUGAGUUCUGUGAUAGGCCAAUCUACAUUUGGCACAAAAGAAGUCAUGGCUGGAGACAGGAAGAUGUUUGCUGAUGGAGAGGAUGAAGAUGAAGAAGACGAGGAAGAUGAAGAUGAUGAGGAUGAGGAGUAUGGAGAGCAUGUAAGUGAUAGUGAUACAGAGAAAGGUGCCAAAGACAGACAAGAGAAAGAUGCCCAGCUCUCUCUAAGUAGUGACAUUGGCACUGUACCUACUCAAUUCCAGGAUGAAAAGAAAGAUACCAUUACACAGGACUACAGCUUUGGCUCUGACGCCUAUGGGAAAUCUUUAGGCUCAUCAACAUUUGAAUCCACUCUAAGCCAUGAGGUCCCUAAGGACUCACUGCAAACUGUUAAAGGUGAUGCCUCAUCCUUUCCUGCUGAAAGUCAUAUUACAGGCUCAUCUGGAUUUGAACAUUCUUCAAGUGAGGAGAGAGAUGAGUUUGUAGAAAAUUACGAGAAAGAUGUCAAGUCAUAUUUACCCCUUUCAACAAAGUCUGCUGAAGAUAAAUUCUCUACUCACUAUGACAGCAAAGAUAUUGAGUUCGACAAGCAAAAGACGCCAGAUGGAGCUGAGAAAAAAACAGGAGACCCCGUUUCUUUGGGCUUUAGUUAUACAACUAUGUCAGCCACAACAUAUUCCUCUUCUUCUUCUUACAGUCAUUCCUCAUCAGCUUCGGCAUCUCUGUCCACUAGCCGCCAGUUUGGAGAUGAGAUAGAGACUCCAGCCAGUACUGGAUUUGAGUACUCAUCUUUCAAAGAUGAACAUUCACCAGUAAUGGACUCACCCUUCUCAAGUUCUGGUGGACAGGCUAAGGAUGAAUAUUUAGAGGUGUCCGAAAAGUUGACCACUGCAACUACUACAGCUGAAUCCACUCCUAGCCUUGCGAGAUUCUCACCGUUAUCACCUUUUGAGGAGAUCAAGCCUUUUCCUCCACAUGCUGGUACUUGUAUAAGUGAUAAAAAAGAACCUGCUUCCUCUACAAGCAAUAUCUCAGAUCUAGGUCCACAAAGUCAGUGCUUUUACAAAUCGGAGUGGGAUGAGGACUCAAGAUUACAAGAUGAGUUUGGUGCAACUGGACCUUAUACCUCAAUGCCACCGACCACUCAGAAAGACACCAUGCCUGAAGAUCUGUAUGGUGCUUCAUCAACACUUCAAUUUGAGUGCCCUGAAAAACAAUACUAUGAGGACACAGAGAGUAGUGAAGAGGAGGACGAUUAUAUGUACGAAACUGAACAGGAUAAACUUCAGUACCAAAGAUCUCCACUUGCAGCUCAAGCGGACAAGAAAGAUACCACAUUUUCCUUGGGUGAGGCACUAACAAAGGACAUAUCUUCCGGAUUGGGAGCCACUAUCCCAGAUGCACUUACCUCACAUACGUCCUCUUUCCCUGAGCCCUCAAAACCAGACACAACAAACGGGCCUGCAGAAGUUAGUUUGAGUGCACCAGAGGCUUUUGGAGGAUGCGGCAAGGUGGGGAUAGGCUUGUCAAAAACAGAGAUGCAAAGCCAAGAAUUGGACGUGAAGAAAAUUAGAAGCCCAAGUGAAUGGGAAAUGCAGCAGCAACGAGACAUCUACCCAGGAGCAUCCCCACCUCAUUAUCGACAUGAAGAUGAAUAUGAAGAAGAAGAAGAGACUGAGCCAGAGCACCCACCCCGUCCUCUUUCUCUUUCAUCCACAGACCAACCUUUCCAAACUUCCUAUUUCGCAGAUGAUCCAAGCAGACAUGAUGAUGACGCUGACUAUCCUUCAGAUGUUGGUAUCCGUCCACAUCCAUCCACAGCUUCUCCAGGCUAUUCCUCCUGUGAGUACAAGCAGAGGAGAGGAGACACAUCUCCAUCUUUUAUCAACCCAAGCUUAUGUCAACUUUCAAGCGAUGAAGAAGAUGAGGAACAGAGAAGCCAAGGUUCUGAUCAACAGCAACCUUCAGGGAAGACUAGAUCUCACAAACAACCCCGUCACAGUCAUCAUGGCAAGGACAGCGAAUCGCAACACUUCUCUGGAGCCAUGGCUGCUGGGAUUAGUGCCAGUGGGGAGGACACACCUCCAACCUCUGUCAGUGAGCCGCUGCAUUCCCAGUCAGAUUCUGAUGUACCACCAGGUACGGAAGAGUGUCCAUCAAUCACAGCAGAAGGAAACAAUGACUCUGAUGAGGAUGCCGAUUACCUGCCUGUAGAUAAAUCAUCUGGAGCUUACGGAGGGAAGCAUUACUCAUCUAGGUCACCUGAUAAAAAUCACGAUCCCUUCCCGUCACCAAUGAUGGACCCUGCUCCUUGUCCUCCUCGCCCUGAUGUAUGUAUGGUUGAUCCUGAAGCUCUGUCAAGCCUAACCGACAAACCAAUCAAGAAAGAUUCCAAAUCAAAGGGUCUACGUAAAUUAGGUAAAACAAAGUCCUCAUCUCCUGCUCGGAAGACUGAUGCCAGGAGGAAGAGAUCCCCAUCCAAGGAGCCCUCCACUCACACCACUUCUCUUAGAAAGAAGGAAAUGGAGGACGAUCUGUCAAGGUCAAGCCACAACACCGGCAAAGGCCUUGUCAAUGGCUAUAAGAACAGUGCAGGUUUAAAUUCUGCAAAAUUGAGUGCAUCUGUGCCCCCUGGUCCUCCUAUCUAUGUGGAUCUGGCCUACAUUCCCAACCACUGCAGUGCUAAAAAUGUGGACCAGGAGUUUUUCAAACGUGUUCGUUCUGCAUAUUAUGUAGUGAGUGGAAACGACUCCAGCAAUGGAGAACCGAGCCGCAGUGUACUAGAUGCCUUGCUAGAGGGAAAGGCACAGUGGGGAUCCAAUCUACAGGUGACAUUGAUACCUACUCAUGACACAGAAGUGACCCGCGAAUGGUAUCAGCAGACCCAUGAGAAGCAACAGGAACUGAACAUCAUGGUCCUGGCCAGCAGCAGCACAGUUGUGAUGCAGGAUGAGUCAUUCCCAGCCUGCAAAAUAGAGUUCUAAAUUCAGCAUGGCUCCCAGGUUCACAUCUUUACUCUCAAAUGGUCCGUUACAGCCUUAAUUGUAGUUUACUCAGUGUCAAAUUCGUAACUUUUUACUUUUUAACUUCUCACGGUUUAAAACAGCACAUUGUCUACUGCCCAAAAACCCCAGUCAUAUGGUAUAAACUUUUUAACUGAUUAUUAUUUCUUGGUGAUGAAAGUUAGUACAGUGCAGGAAAAAAGAAGGAAGAUGUGCCUUUCACUAUAUACUUUUCAGGGUGGCUUUUCCCUUUACGUUGUACAAUACAUACAUACGCAUAUACAUAAAUGGGUCUCUACAAUUCUUAACCCUUAAAUUUUGGUCCAGGGCCUGUUUGAACUAACUUUCACGUUGCAUUCCCAGUAAUUUUAUACUGAACAAGGUUACCAAAUAGUAAGUUAAUCUAUAUAGCCUUGUUUACAAUAACAUUUAACUAAAGCACAAGUAUACCUCUUUACUUACUUUUAAACAGAAACACCAGAAAUUCUCUAAUACUGCAGCUAAACUGAAUGAGAUUCUCCUGUUUUCAACUGAUUAGUUUGUGUAUUGUUCUUAAUGAUACUGUUUUUGAGGCCCUGAGUUAAACAUCCUGCAUCAUCAUCUUUCAUAGCUCACUAUAUAUGAAAUAACAAUCUUUUAAUCAAGUUAUCACACAUUCAGAUACCUACUGUGCAAAUAGCAAUUGAGGCUAUAUACCUCAGCAGAGAGAUUAACAAAUACCUGGGUGCUAAUAUUUCAGAAAUUAUCAGGAAUUUAGUAAACAAAUAAGAUUCAAAAAACAGUAACAAUUAAAAUGCAUAAGCUGCAGAUGGAGUUGUCUUGCAGCUUGUGUGUUUUGCACAAAUUACUUUACAUUCCUGAAACAGAGAUUAAUGCUUUGAAUUUGUAUAGUGGAAUGAUAGGAUCAUUAAAAUGAUAACAAAAACCAUACUCAAAAAUCUGUUUGUAAACUGUUUGCGAUGCUGAAAAACAACUGAAUGAAUAAGUUUAGAUGGUAAGUUUACUGUCAGCGCUGAAUAACGGAGUGGAAGUAUUGGAAUCAAAUCUUAUUUUCUCAUUAAAUUAUGUAUAAAGUGUAUGUUCACAGAGUUUAUGAUUAUUUUUAGUGCUUAUGAAGUUCAGAGCUAUGUUUUAUUACUGAUUUUAUCCAAUUUUGAAGAAAAUUAAUUAUAUUCAUUAGCACCUUACAAUGAUUUCCCCUUGAUUUCUAUUGGUUAUAAAAUGUAUAUAGGACAAAAUUGCUUACUGUAAAGAACUAGAAAGAACGGAUGACUGAGAAUACACAUGCAAGCCAAAGUUUCCGGCAAUAGAAAUGCAUGGUGUUCAAUGAAUAAUCUACGUAUGAAAGUCUUUUCUAUGUCUUUGCAUAGGGUUAUUUGAAAGAUGUGAGCUAUGAAUACUGCACUUAAACCUAUUCCAAAAAUGUUCUAGUGUCUGGUGUGGCUUUUAUAUGGGACUAAAAUGUUAAAAGACAUGGCCAGAAUUAGCAGUAACGGAUAGUAGACAACAUACUGUCAUGAAACGCCCAGAACGGCAGAUGUUUUUCUUUGUACAAAAAUGAGAGGGAUGAUGAUCUUGUACCAUUGUCUGAUGAAUAGAAAACUCUGUAAAAGUACUGUAUGCAUUGCAUGUAUAUUACCAUGAGGUUGAACAUGCAUUUGAGUACUGCUAUGCUUUUAGGUGCUUGGCUUAACUCCAUUAUUAAAGAAGGAAGGUUGUAACUUUUUUUCAGUUGCAUUUGAGUCAAAAUUGAAUCUAUAACCUUCAUACUUUUCACAAGAUUAUUUAAUUUUUACUUCAUGGUCUUGUUUAUUAGUCUAUAAGAUUUGAUUGUCGACCUUCAUCUUUGGAGAAAAGUACAAAGAAUACGGUUCAGCGUAAUCCUUUAUAUUUCUCUGAGGAACAAUGUAUGAGGAUUCCCAGUUAAUACUUGCCUCUAAUGUUUUUAAGGUGCUGUAACUUUUGAGCUACUGGUUAUUUGGCUGUGCUGCAGAGAUGUUCUGCCUGACAUGGUGAAACCCAGAUGUGACUUCGCAGUACCACAGAAAUUAACAAACACAUACAAGUACCAGACUGCAGACUGCCAGAUCAAGUGACUAGAUCACUGAUCACAUUUUAUAUUCAAGAUUUGUAAGUGUCCGUGUGAUUCUAUUCUUUUCUUUCGUUCUUUUUUUAUUUUUUUGAAGAUGAAGACUAAAUGUUUCAAAAAAUUUGAAAAAUAAAAUAGUCAUGAUGUGCUGUGCAAAACAUCCCUUAGUUGCAAUGUUGAGUUUGCCAUCUCAAUAGCAUCGAAACUUUGAAAUCUAGCAUUCCAUUGAGCCUAGCUGUUUAAUGCAUGUGUAUUUAAGUUUGAACUUGUAUGUAAUAGUUCAUAGUUAUAUUAAAUAAAGUACUAUUUUAAACAUAUAUUUAAAUGAUAUCUGUCUCGACUGUACUGAAAGGCACAUAUAACCAGGCCGCGCUAUCAUUUCCAGCGUGCAGUGUUGUUUAAAAAAAAAUGAUGUGUACUUGGAUUUAUUUUGAUUUUUUUCAUAUUUUCAUGACCUUUGCUUUCAUUUCUCUCUUUUUUAUGUGCAAUACUCUGUAUCUUUCUUUAAGCUCUCUAAAUGAGUGUCUACAAAUAUGUUGUAGAAAGGUAAACCUGAUAAUCACUAAUAAAAUAUGUUAAUGGGAACAUCA